UGGUGGAGGUCAGGUGACCGCGGUAAAGGGCCAACUGUAGUGAAUGGUGCUGCAGCUGCAGCGGCGGAGGCGGCAGAUACAAAACUACUGAGGACCAAACUACCGGGAGAGUGAGUCCGGUUACAGACCUCACCGCGUUUAUAGUCAGGAUUAUUACUGUGGCGGGGUCUGUUCAGACAUGGCUGUGAACGUCUAUUCUACCUCAGUAACCAGUGAAAGCCUUAGUCGUCAUGAUUUGCUGACAUGGAUCAACAGCUCGCUGCGUAUGAACCAUGCUAAGAUUGAACAGCUGUGUUCAGGUGCUGCAUACUGUCAGUUUAUGGAUAUGUUAUUCCCAUCCUGUGUGCCUUUGAAGAAAGUAAAAUUCCAGGCCAAGCUGGAGCACGAGUUUAUCUUCAAUUUUAAAAUCCUUCAAGCCAGCUUUAAGAAGCUUGGAGUGAACAAAAUUAUCCCUGUGGAUAAGCUUGUGAAGGGAAAAUUCCAGGAUAACUUUGAGUUUGUUCAGUGGUUUAAGAAGUUCUUUGAUGCUAACUAUGAUGGGAAGGACUAUGAUCCGGAAGCAGCGCGGCAGGGACAGGAGACCGCUACCUCCCAGCCUCCGGCUACAGCUGUGGCAAAUAAACCAAGAAAAGUCAGCAGCUCAGAGGCACGCAUCACUUCAGUCAAGCCAACCGCUCCAGUUGCUCCACAAAGAUCUACCAUACUCGCUCCUAAGACCGCACCAUCUGCAGAUAAAGAAGAACUCACUCAAAUGAUUAAUGAUCUGAAAAGCACGGUCACAGUUUUGGAGCAGGAGAGAGACUUUUAUUAUGGCAAACUGAUGAACAUUGAGCGCCUCUGCUUGGAGAAAGGGGAGAAUGUAGACCCUACGCUGCAAACAAUAUUAAGUAUCCUGUAUGCAGACCCAGCAGAAGCUGAAGGUGACCCGGGUGAACCGGAAGAGUUCUAACAUUCACAUGGCCUGAGCCCUAACUCUUGGAAGUGUGUGUGAGUGUGUGGUUGCACAUGCACACUAUUUUUUGAUUGCUUUGUGAGCAACCUUUGGCACGCUGCUUUUGCACAAUUGACCUUUGAAUGUUUUAUAUUUAAAGAGGUUCUAUCUGUGUGUCUUGAAAUGUCUUUGGAGUAGCACAUUGUUUAUUUAUCUUUGUAUUAUUCUGUAUAUUCACCUAUUAAAGGUGUUUAAUUGAUGCA